CCUCCGUUUUGUAAAUGAAUUUUAAAGAUUGACGUGUUUAUUUUACGUAUUUAAGUUACACAUUGUAGUGUGCUGUGAAUCUCGAUCUCAAAAAUUUUAUAAUCGUUUAUUCAUAAAUAGUGUGAAAUUUCAUAAUGUUACACGGAUAUUUUAUAGGUAUCUUGCUCUGUGCAACGGGGUCCUUGGCCCUCUAUGAUUCGUCUUCAGACGUUAUCGAGCUGACACCGAGUAAUUUCGACAAAUUAGUUACAAAUUCCGACGAAAUUUGGAUCAUUGAGUUCUUUGCACCGUGGUGUGGACAUUGUAAAAGCCUUGUUCCCGAAUAUAAAAAAGCUGCGAGAGCUCUAAAGGGCAUUGUAAAAGUAGGUGCCUUAGAUGCUGAUGAACAUAGAAGUGUAUCACAGAAAUAUGGAGUCACUGGCUUCCCCACAAUUAAGAUAUUCACAGGGAGCAAGCACACACCAUAUCAAGGUCAGAGGACAGCAGAAGGUUUUGUUGAAGCUGCUUUAAAGGCAGCCAAGGAGAAGGCAUAUGAAAAUCUCGGCAAGAAAUCGAGUGGGUCCUCUUCUGAUAAGUCUGAUGUCAUUACUCUAACAGACAGCAACUUCAAAGAACUGGUCUUAGACAGCGAUGACCUCUGGCUGGUUGAGUUCUAUGCUCCUUGGUGUGGGCACUGCAAGAAUCUUGAACCUCACUGGGCUAAAGCUGCCACCGAACUUAAAGGAAAGGUCAAGCUGGGUGCCCUGGAUGCAACAGUUCACACAACAAUGGCGUCACGCUACCAAGUACAAGGAUACCCGACCAUCAAACUAUUCCCAUCAGGGAAGAAGUCUAGCGAUUCUGCAGAAGACUACAAUGGAGGCAGGACGUCAAGCGACAUCGUUACUUGGGCUCUUGAGAAGCUCGCUGAGAAUGUUCCCGCACCAGAUAUCAUACAGGUUGUUGGUGAAGAAACUUUGAAGGCUUGCAGCGAGAAGCCUCUAUGUGUUGUAUCAAUUCUGCCUCACAUCUUAGACUGCAAUGCCGCAUGUAGGAAUGACUAUAUCUCCAUCCUCAAACGUCUUGGUGACAAAUACAAGAACAAGAUGUGGGGGUGGAUUUGGGCAGAAGCUGGUGCACAACCAGCACUUGAAGAUUCUCUGGAGCUUGGCGGAUUUGGUUACCCUGCCAUGGCAGUUGUCAAUGCUAAAAAACUCAAGUUCUCUACAUUGAGAGGUUCUUUCUCUGAAACUGGCAUCAAUGAGUUCCUAAGAGAUUUGUCGUUCGGUCGUGGCCAAACAGCACCGGUGAAAGGAGCAGAGAUGCCCAAAGCCGUGACCACAGAGCCGUGGGACGGCAAAGACGGCGAACUUCCAUUAGAAGAGGACAUUGACCUUUCAGACAUAGAUUUAGAGAAGGAUGAAUUAUAAAGCCAUACUAAUUUGUGAAUGAACACUUGAUGCCAGAUUUUUUUUAUUUGUCAUAUUAAAAAUUCCAAUAAUUAGGCAUGUCGCAAGAAUCAUUGCAAGAUGUUAUUAAAUCGUUAUUAGAAAAAGUAUUCAAGGGAUUUAAGUCAAUUUAAGGGAUAGAUUAAAGAUGGCGCUGAUGUCAUUAGUAGUUUGGUCAAAAUGUCUACUUGAUUUUUAAAAUUGUAUAUAUUUUGAAACAUGUACUAUAUUAUAUUAAACCAUUUUAAUAUGACUAAAUUUAACCUGUGCAAGUUAGAAUCAUUUAUUGAAUGAAAUUUAGAUUGUAAAAAUCCUUCUGGUUUUAUCUAUAGGAUUAGUAAAACGGAUUUAAGUAAAAUAGGAUUAUUUUGUAUGUACUUCAAUCCAGUGUCAUUAAUAAUAUCACAAUGCAUAGAAUAGUUAUUUACUAUAAUACAUAACAUAUUAUUCGUAAGUACAUAAGUUACAAUGGACUGAAUUUUGUAUUUUAUUACUGAUAGUGUAUCUUCACAUUGGUCGAAGUUUGAACAGUGCUCUAUGAUUUUGUAAUUUAUCACAAAUUAUGUGCGACUCUUCCAGUAGCUUAAAAUAAAUACUUGACCGUUUUAAAUAAACAUAAAGGUGAUCGCUAAUAAAAAAUUUGAUUAAAAA